UAGACGUGUAAAGAGAAUAGAUGAUAAAUCAAGUGUAGUACUUGUUAAAUAAAGUGGACCCACAAUUGGAAAAAAAGAAAAAAAAUUAAGUAUAAUUGAAGUAAGUCCAAAUUUAAUGUACAACUUAGAUAACCUUUUGUACAAUUUGUCAAUGCUGUGUUCGUCUUCCUCCACGUAUAUAUAAUAGAAAAAUCUACAUGAAUUUAAGGCGCAGGAGUGAAACUUCAAAAAAAAAAAAAAAAAACUUUAAAAGAAAAUGACAAUAAAAAGGACAGAUGAAAGGGCUGUUUGGCUUUGUGAUGGAACCCCAAACCAAAAAUCCCUAAAACCUAAGAUUUCACCUGCGAAUUCUUCGGUGGGUACUAUGACUUCUAACUCUUUUACAUGCUCUGCUGCUAAAUGAAAACUCUAUGCAUUUUGGUACUGUUCUAAUUGAAUCAGCCACCAUGACUCAAGCAUCUACUAGUAAAAGAGUUGCUGUUGAAGUGGAAAGAGAAGAUAUAAUCACUGCCCUGCCAAGAAACGUUGUUGAUCGCAUCCUUGAGCUCUUGCCGGUUCACGAUGCAGCAAGAACUUGUGUUUUGUCCAAAAAAUGGAGAGAUAUUUGGACCACUCUUCCGUAUCUGGUAUUGGAUAACUUAUUUUGCAAAAAGUUAACAGCAAAAUCUCAAGCUGUUUUCAGAAAAAUAGUUGAUGACAUUCUCUUACAGCAUAUUGGAAACACUGUGAAGUUUGUUCUUGACGUUUCAGAAGUACAUUUGUCUUCAUAUGCAGAUAUUAAUAGAUGGAUGCGUUAUGUCACCAGAAAUGGUGUCAAGGAGCUAAGCCUUAACAUGUCAGAUAAUAGAAUUUAUAAAUUGCCUUCUUAUAUAUAUAAUUGUUCGACUUUGACACAUUUGCAACUCUUCAACUGUGUCUUCAAACCACCAAAUUCUUUUCUUGGCUUUCAGAAUCUUACAAACCUUCAUAUGGAAAGAAUAACAUUUGCGCCAACUGCAGAGUUUUGUGUUAUCAAUGUUCCCCUUCUUGUGGAAUUAGCCUUGAUGUUCUGUUGUGGCGCUCAAUACUUGAAGAUUGUUUCACCACAGUUGAAGAACUUGGGUGUUCAUAAGGGUCACUAUCUCAUUCUAAAUUGCUUUAUGAAUUGCAAAAAUUUGAGCAUGUUAGGGAUUGAAUUGGAAAAAGUGGUUGAUAAUCUGAAACAUGAUGAAAUAUCAACUUUGGAAAAGUUUCUUUUUAGCUUUCCUUCACUUGAACAACUUUAUUUGGGUUCCUUUGUCCUUGAGCUUUUGAAUGCAAACAUAGUUCUGGAUGAGCUUCCUUCCAAGCUCAACUGCUUGUGGCAUCUACAGUUAGGUGUUGACUUUGGCAAAGUGGAUCAGACUUCUUGUGCUCUACAGUUAAUCAAGAGUUGUCCUAAUUUGAGUAAACUUCUAAUUGGGGUAAGAAAUGAUUAAAUAUAUGCGGUCAUACAAUAGAUAUAUGUAUGAUCUGGUUAAUUUUUGCUCUUCAUGAACUUGAGAAGCUAAAAUGACUUGGUAUUUCUCUAUACAUUUGGUCCAGGGUAGCGACGACAAUGCUGAAACAGUUAUGAAAUAUCUAGAGACACCAACCUGCUUGGACCAACCACUCAACAAGCUCGAGUAUGUGACCAUCAGUUCUUUUGAGUGUUCGAAAACUGAACUGUUUUUCGUAAAGCUAUUGUGUGCUCGCACUCCAUCUCUGGUAAGGAUGUGCAUUGAGCAAGGGAUAGCCAUUGAUUCUAAGGAAGAAAGGUAUGUCACCAUAAAAUUGAUGCGUUUCCCCAGAGCUUCUACAAAGGCAGAGUUGUUCUAUUUUCCAUUUGAGGCUACAGAUGCAGAUUGAUGCCUUUCUGUUUCAAAUGAAUUUUGUUGAACAAGGGACUGAAUUAGCCAAUUUUGUAAAAUUUGUGGCUUUCCUUUAAUGAUAAAUAUGUUCAUCACUUGGAUGUUUCAAAAGUUUGAGUCUGUAUUGAUGUGUAUGAUAAGAUUAGCAGUCCCUUUGCUAAUGUAUUUCAUAUUAAUAGGCAUAUUUAGCUACCUGCUUGGUAACCAGGGAAGGAAUUUGACAGGAAGAUAGAAUGAAAAUGUUACCGGUUUGUUGUUCGGUUCAAAGUGUAAGACCACGUGUUUUUGGGACUCUGAGCUAGCAAUUUCGAAAUCGAUUGAAUUAGUUGAUAUAUGGUCAAGAGGG